GUUCAUGGAGAUUUUCUGCACGGUGGGUGCUGUCUUCCCUUCGAGAUUGACGAAGUCCACUCCCCCUGCACUAGGUCGACUUCUUUUGUCCUUCUUCAUAAGAUCUUUCCGGGAAGGUCGAUAAAAGAGAGCAAUGAACUCCUUAUCCGGUGCUUGACCUCGAUUAUUUUGUCGAUAGAUUCAACUGCUUUGCGGCUUCAAAUAUAUCCACCCACUUCGGCGGUUUCUUGUUUAUUGCUGACAGGUUCUUAAAUUCCGUGACUUAUCCAGCCUGUAUCCACUGAUCUUUCUCUAGUUCUUAAAUUCCAUCACUGAUCCAGCCAGUGUCUACCGAUCUUUCUCCAUCCAUCGUCAAUCGAAGACAAAGACUGGAAUGCUAAUAUUUUCGCUUCAGACACAAGAUGGGGAGGGAACUUUCGUGGUCCUUUGUGUAGUCCGUGAUUUGAAGCUUUCUAUUACUAGGAAGGCGUUGCGCAUAUUGUGCCUACGAGACCCCCUUGCUUGAGUUCUUUCUUCAAGGGUCAGAAGCUUCAAGCUCAAGGUUGAUUGCAUCAAUCACGUUUGACUAGGUAAUCAUGGGGCAAUCACUUUGCUGUGUGCAAGUCGACCAGUCAAACGUCGCCAUAAAAGAGACCUUUGGGAAGUUUCAUGACGUGCUCAGCCCAGGAUGUCAUUGCCUUCCUUGGUGUUUCGGAAGCAAAAUAGCAGGACAUCUUUCCUUGCGAGUGCAGCAACUAGAUGUUCAUUGUGAAACAAAAACUAAGGAUAAUGUGUUUGUUACGGUUGUUGCAUCUGUGCAGUAUCGUGCCCUGGCAGAAAAGGCAGCUGAUGCCUUCUACAAGCUUAGCAACACAAGGGCACAGAUACAAGCUUAUGUUUUUGAUGUCAUAAGAGCUAGUGUUCCAAAGCUGAACUUGGAUGAUGUGUUUGAGCAAAAGAAUGAGAUUGCAAAGUCAGUUGAAGAUGAACUUGAGAAGGCCAUGUCAGCAUAUGGAUAUGAAAUUGUUCAGACACUAAUAGUUGAUAUCCACCCAGAUGAGCACGUUAAGAGGGCAAUGAAUGAAAUAAAUGCUGCUUCAAGACUAAGGGUUGCUGCUAAUGAAAAGGCAGAAGCGGAGAAGAUUUUGCAGAUCAAGCGAGCUGAGGGAGAAGCUGAGGCAAAAUACUUGGCAGGGCUUGGUAUAGCCCGUCAGCGGCAGGCCAUAGUUGAUGGUCUGAGGGACAGUGUGCUUGCGUUCUCUGGUAAUGUUCCUGGCACCAGUGCAAAGGAUGUGAUGGAUAUGGUGCUUGUCACUCAAUACUUUGACACCAUGAAGGAGAUCGGUGCAUCCUCCAAGUCAUCUUCUGUCUUUAUCCCACACGGUCCAGGUGUUGUAGCAGAUAUCGCUUCUCAGAUUAGGGAUGGCAGGCUUCAGGCUACACCUCCAUAGCAAAGCUUGCAACUGGGCCAACUACUUGAAUCAUAAGUUGUCUCUGGUAUUUGUUUUGAUUCUUGCCUACGGGGCUUGUGUCCAGUGUGUUGCUUGUUAAUAAUCAAAUGUACUCACUUGUGUAAUUUGCAUAUUUAUGGAAGUAGAUAUAGGAAAUGGAUAUUCAAAGAUCAUUUCAUUCCUAUGUUCAGUACUUAGGGGUCAGCCUCUACUUCCCUAUGGGCAUUUCUUGUAACCCUCGACGGAAACUAUUUGUAUGUUCUGAGAUGUGCUGGACUGGAAGAGGUACAAGUUGGUUGUUGAUGUUCUUAGUGUUCA